AUGACUUGCCUACACCUCCACGCUUCAUUGUUUCCCAUGCAUACAAAACUCAAACAGCAGCAACAACAUCACAUAGGGAUGGAGCAUACUACAAAACUACUCUGGGGUGAACCAAGCAGGACUGAUCCACAUUGCAAGAGCUUUUCUUCAGCAAGUUCAUUAAGGACCAAGGCAAUUCCAGAUUUCAUUGUUGUUGCUGCUACUUCUCCGCCCAGACCCGGUGACCUGUCAACGUUUGUUCCAAUAAGUGUCCUGCUUGUAACAGUAUACUUCAUAUCAAAUUUCGUCGUGCCGGAUAUUCUUACCAAAAAUUUUGGAUUCGAUGAAGACAAGAAGGUUGAUGAUGUAGAGGAAAAAUAG